UCCAUAUGCAGCACACCCAACUUUUUCCCAAUUAACUGAAUCGAUUCUUUGGUUAUCUGAACACCUACUUGUGCAACUGAUCCGUUAGGGUGUUGAUCCGUUAGGGUGUUGAUCCGUUAGGGUGUGGUUGAUCCGUGAUGCCCAUGUCAAGCGCGUUGUAUGUUAUUAUGGCUGUAGUCUACAUAUGGUUCCCAUUAGAUGUAUCUGCGAAACAACAAGGACCCCUUAACAUUACAAUAUUCUCAACCGAUCGUUUAAUCCUGCUUACUUUGAAUUUGCAGUCAUUAUCAUGACCCCUUU